GCACCGGUUGAGCUAUAAACAGCGAUAGUGCGUUUAUUUCGUGCCGGUCAUCGAGAAGAUUUCAGAUCAGAUCUUGUAUUUGUACACAAAUUCAACCGUUCUGUGCGCGAUAACGGUCGGUAGAUGCGGAAAAUUCGCAUUCGAUGUGAUUGAGGUGUUACGAACCCAUUCCACGAACCAUGGCAACUACAAACGUGCAACAGCCAAAUGAUGGUAGACCCGACUUUCGCAGACGUCCGGCAGAACAGAAACUGGAGUUAGUAGAGGAAGAGAUGCAGGUUUGGCGUGAUUGCAUAAAAAGCUCCAGUAUCAUGGCCCCAACAAUUCUUGGCACAGCCUUUGGCUAUGGUGCUUUGAAGAUUACCAAUUAUUCUGCAUAUGCCAAGUACUCCGCCAUGUUUAGUGGUGUGCUAAGUCUGCUAAUGAGUAAACUAAUAAUCUCUAAGAUGUGCUUAAUGAAAGUAAUCAGUAUGCCAAACAGUCCACUGAGAGAACAAAUAAAAGCGAGAUAUGGGAACAUGCAUCCAAGUGAGAAGUAUACCUUCCCGCAGAAAAACAUAACAUCUGGAGCACAGGGCUCCGAAGAGCCAGCCAUAGAAAUAACGUUUGAUGAUUACCCACCGAUGAACUCGUAUGAUACUUAUUCUAGUCUCAAUGAUAGUGGCGACAUCUCUGAAGACAUGGAUCUGUCUAAGCCGCUUAACCUGCAACAGGAAGGCACCACUUACGAAGAAUUAAGACAGAAACACAGAGAAGAGUAUUACAAUAAAAAUAGGCAAUAUUACGCUCCCAAAGUGCAAGAAAGUUAUCCGACGGCCAAGGCGGCCCAACAACACCAGUCACAACAAGACACUCCGGCGAGAACAUCAAUACAGGAGAAAACUAAAUACGGCGACGUUUGGGGUUGAGACUCGAGCCGAGGCCGCGGAAAUGUCUAUCGUGAAUAUUAUAGAUGUACAUGUGUAUACAUAGAUUGUAUUUUAUAUUAUACAGAAUUCGAUUAGUGGAAAAGAGAGAGAGAAACUCUCAGCAAAAUAAAUUGUAAAACCAA